AUGCUUCGCAGUGAUCUGUUUCCGAGCGUCCAAAAAGGAGACCGCAAUGCUGUUUCUGACAACGGAUUUCGCGGAGCGGUGACCCACAAAAGUUGGUUGUUGUGCAGCCUGAGCAGAGUUUUUUUACAUGCCGAUUGGCAGUUUGGCCCACAGCCUCGCUCAAGCCGCCAACUUGGCUACCACAACUUGCCGCGGACGAAGACUUCCCCCGCCUUGCCUGAUUCCGCGAGGAUGGUGAUGGCGAAGAAGAAAAAGAAGAGCCGCUUGGCGAUUUUGAUGCCGUCUUGGCUUUCGCUCUUUUUCAGCUUCUUCGACGUGGCAGUCAGCCAGCCUUCUUCUUGCGACAGUCCUGGAGGAUGUGUGGCAGGAGAGCAGGAUGCGCUCUUGCUGCAGUUGCAGCAAACAACCAGCACCACGACCGAAAGCACGAGCACCACGAGCCAGGCAGAGGAGACCACCAGCACCACCACAAUCUUUUUGCCUGGACCUCUUCUUCCAGCUCUUCCUCCUGAUCCUUGUGACGAGUACAACAUUCAGCCUGAAAGGAUCAGAUGCAGGACUAUUGACUGGCUCUUGAACAAGGAGAAGUUCGGUAAUGGCAGGUGUGAGUGUCCGGAAUGCGAAGAUGAAGAGAUCCAGUCUUUUGUGUACAAUUGCACGGCUUGCCAAUGCCCAAUCCCAAACCGAACCCAGUGCAACCAGCCGGUUCUACCCUGCCCUGGUAGCCUGCCCAGCGGCGUUUCAACUUUGGAUCCACAGUGUGAAGCCGCGAUCGACAGGAUUCCUUCAUGGUCUAGCGUAAAGGACGGUUCGGACGAGUUGAGACCUUGCUCGUCGGGUCUUGGAUGGAGCGUGCCCUCACAAAAGUUCGGAGAUGGAAACUGCAACUUGGAUAGAUUCAGGAGGGUAUGCGCUGUUUGUCACGGAAUACUUACACUGUAA